UUUUAUUUUGAAAUCCCAUGAGCGGAUGUUGUUGUCAGCUGACAGGACUUCUUCCUCGUGUGUUCUCUUAUUUCCUGUAAGAUUCCAUCGACAGUUCUCUUCUUAAUCAUUUGAAACAGACAGAAACAUUUGAUGUGGAGGGCAGAUCGAGAUCGUCGACAUGUCUGCAAAGCCAACGUGUUUGAUCGUGGCCAGUUCCUCUCCUCAGGGAGUCUCCGCCAAGUCUUUCCAUCAGUGCUUCACUCUCUGUAGCUCAGUGUUCAACCUGCAGACUGCCACACCUGGGGGGAAGCCAAUAGACUUUGUUGGAGUGGAUGAAAGCACUGCCAGAUGGGUGCAGGAUUUCAACUUGAAACCUUAUGCAACACCGGCUAAACUUGAAUCUAUAGAUGGUGCCCGAUACCAGGCACUGCUCAUCCCAGACUGCCCCGGAGCGCUGAAUGACCUGGCACACAGCGGCUCCCUGCACCGCAUCCUCACACACUUCAUCUCUCAGCAAAAGCCUGUUUGCGCAGUGGGACAGGGAGUGUCGGCUCUGUGUUGUGCCACAGAGGGACAGAGGUGGAUCUUCAACGGAUACAGUUUAACGGGGCCAUCAGUGUUUGAACUUGUGCGGAGGCCUGACUUCGCCAACCUGCCCCUGAUCGUUGAAGACUUUGUGAAAGACAGUGGAGGAUCAUACACAGCAAGUCAAGAAGACGCUGUGCAUGUGGUCAUAGACAGACACCUGAUAACUGGUCAGAACAUGCAGUCCACCUCACACGCUGUACACAAUCUGAUCCUGCUCUGCAGCGCCAAGUAAAAACAGAAACGUGGAUCAGGAGCACAGCUUAUUGAUUCACAUUUAUAUUUAUGCCAUUGAACAAACAUUCAUCUCAGAAAAAUACUGAAAGAUGCUGAGUCAGAACAGACGUCUGGUCACACUGUAAAUACAAUUUCAUCACUUAGCAAUGCUGUUAUUAUAAAUCUAUUAAAAAUCGCAUACUAAUGGUCAUGCUCCUUCGGCUGGAUGAAGAUUUGUUAUUGCACUAAACUGUAUAAGUUGAUUUCAUUUAUGCAGCAUCACAGAUUAAAAGGAAUAAAACAUACUGAAGUAGCUAUCGGCUGCUGCUUGUACCGUUUUAAUAAACAAACCCAUGUUUUAUUCAUAAAGGC